UCAGAAUUAUCAAAACAAUGGAAUCAAGAGAAACUUCACCUGAUAUUAUGAAGGAGGAGAAAGUUACUAGAAAACUUACUUUGUUAGAAAAGGAGAUUCCUCCUUGCUUUAGAACCAUAAUUUCGAUCAUGGAGCAUUGUGGUAUUGAGGAAUAUGACGAGCAAGUGAUCCCAAUGAUUUUAAGUUACAUAAAAUCAAAACUUACAAAAAUUAUUGAAGAUGCUAACCAGAUUAACAUGCAUUGCGUGGCCGAAGGUGGUGAAGCACCAGCUUUAACUGAGGAGAGUUUGAGACUAGCUUUUGAGAUAUCUGAGAAACAUGAAUCAAAUCCCAAGGUACCCUCAAUCUCUGAAGUAAACUCAAAGCCUCUUCCAAGAUUGCCUAAGAAGGGUAGUGAUUUUGAAGCUAGAGCAAAAGAGAAAAUGACAAAGGAUCCUGGGUUCUUGCUCAAUCCAAAUUUCAGUUAGAUUC